AUGAUAUCAAGCCUAGUCAAGGACGCUGAGAAAUGGCUGAUCACCAAUGGACUUGGAAAGUCGGGAAAAUCCGGCAAGAGUCUUAAAAAGAAAAAGCCAAAGAAGACAAAGCCCAUGGAAAAACAAGCAGACAAGAAAUUGGCGCCAAUGAAAACAGCAGACGAUGUGAUCAAAAGGAUUCAAUGGGACUCGGAUUUGCCCCAAGGAGACUUUCUGAUCGGAUAUCAGGAUAGAUUCGAAGGAAUAAAAGAGAAAUAUUUCUCGGCGUUUUCCUGGGAAGAUAUCGCUUCCGUGGAUUAUGACGAACUUGCCAUUCCGAAACACCGGAUCGAGUAUUUCAAAUAUAAGGAAUUGAAAGUUUGGGACAAGUUAUCUCGCUUGGAUAAUAUUUUUGGUUCUGUUGGAAGCGGGAAGAAAAUCACGGAUGUCAUUGAGAAUUAUGAGACGGAGUUGGAACUACAGAAAGAAAAGGAGAAAGAAACCAAAAUGGAUACGUCCCCUACCGAUGAUGCCGAUGUCGGAAUAGUGGUAACAGUAGCUACUCCUCCUACGUCUGAAUACUGGAAAGACAAACUCCGGCCAAAUUAUUUCCUAGCUGUUCGUAUAACAAACCCUGAAAUUUUGAAAGUUACAAGCGGAAUUCAAGAUAGUAUACUUAACUCACAGUCAGUUUAUAAAAAAAGUUUCAGUGCUCCAGCUUCACUACAUAUUACACUUUGUACUUUAGGUCUGGACACCCAGGAACACGUAGACUCGGCUGUCAAGGCCUUACACAGUAUUCACGAGGAACUGAAAGUGUUGGUUCCAAGAAAAUCCCUGAUAGUGAACGGUGUAUCUAACUUCAAUAAGCGAGUAGUCUACGCCAAAGUUGAAUAUCCCCCGGAGUUUUUGGAAUUCGUCGAACACAUUGAAAUGUGUCUGAGACACGAAGGUAUUGAAUUUCGGGGACAACAUGGCGGUUAUGUUCCUCACAUGACUAUUAUGAAGACGAAUCGACCAAUAUCCAGGCGGUUAGGGACUGCACAUAUUGAUCCCAAGUUGUACCAAGACUACAGUGAGCAGUAUUUCGGGGAGGUACCAGUCGACGCGGUGUAUCUUUGUUCUAUGGCUGGUCAGCGUCAACCUGAUGGUUUUUAUGUAUCGCCAACCCAUAUUGUCUUCUAG